GUUCUCAACUGUGCUACAAGUUACAACCAGCAAGCUAGCUGCUAGCCAUACCUUCCGACACAGGGUCUGAAACGACCGAAAUUUCGGAAACGUAAAACCAUGGUUUUACAACCCGGCUUUUCAUUUUUCCAUGGGACAAGACAGACAACUUCGUAGGAUCCAGUGUUACGGUCUCCAGCUCAAAGCUGACGUUAAACGCCUACUUUGAACUCUGAAGCAUCAAGCUCGAUCUCGAAGCUUUCAACUUCUCACCGUAACUUGCUUUUUCUUCCUCUUUCUCUAGUCUCUAUGACCUCACAAGUGAAGCAAGGGAACGUAAAUCGUCUCCGCAGAGUUGGCGAAACUAAGUAACAAGGGUUUCCUGCGGGGGAGUGUGUACUGAUCCUUCAACAAAAGGUCUUACUUCACUGUGAUGGAGACUCAAAGUUGUGAGGAGCCCAAUGAGCAAACCAAGAUGCUUCCACCACCAGCUGGAACCUUUCAGAAUCGUGAAGAGCUUAUCAAACAUGUUCGCGACUUUGGUGUGACCCAAGGAUAUGUGGUAACCAUUAAGAAUUCUAGGAAGGAGAAGACUGUAAUCCUUGGUUGUGAUAGAGGAGGUGUUUAUCGUAGAAGGCGGAAGACUGAAAAUAUUCGUAAAAGAACAGUAACCUCUCGCCUAAUAAAUUGUCCUUUCGAAGUUGUGGGUAAAAGGCAAAAUAACUUGUGGAUACUCACGAUAAAAAAUGAGGAACACAAUCAUGAACCUUUAAGAGAUAUUUCCGACCAUCCUUCUUUUUGUCGUUUUUCAGAGAAAGAGGUGUUACAGAUUGUUGAAAUGACUGAAGCUGGUAUAAAACCACGUCAAAUCCUCAGUGUACUUGGGCAAAACAAUCCAAGGCUUUUAUCAAGAUCAAGGCAUGUUUACAACAUCAAAGCUAAGAUCCGUAAAGGGAAUCUAUCAGUGGAAAGCUUAAAACAAUGCAGGCAUUCAACUUCUGCUCUUGGAAUUUCACAUUCCUCAGAAUCCAUGGAGGCAUCUCCAAGCCGCAUAUACCCUCCGCCAAGGGUCCGCAAUUUUAUUGGAGGAGAAUUUGUGGAAUCAAAAGCAACUGCUUCCGUUGCUGUUAUAGAUCCUGUAACACAAGAGAUGGUUUCUCUAGUUCCCUUGACUACCAAGGAAGAGUUCAAAGCUGCAGUAACUGCAGCAAAACAGGCUUUUCCUUCAUGGAAAAAAACACCCAUUGCUACCCGGCAGUGCAUUAUGUUCAAGCUUCAAGAGCUCAUCCGAAGAGACAUUGAUAAGCUUGCCAUGAUUAUUACUGUUGAACAUGGAAAGACUCUGAAAGAUGCCCGUGAUGAUGUGCUUUGUGGGUUAGAGGUGGUAGAACAAACUUGUGGAAUGGCAACUUUGCAGAUGGGGGAGUUUGUCUCCAAUGGGUCAAAUGGAAUUGACACAUACAGCAUUAGGGAACCACUUGGUGUUUGUGCUGGGAUAUGCUCCUUUAACUUUCCAGCAAUGAUUCCAUUAUGGAUGUUCCCAAUGGCUGUGUCAUGUGGAAAUACCUUUAUUCUAAAGCCAUCAGAGAAAGAUCCAGGGGCUUCAAUGAUACUUGCUGAGCUAGCAGUGGAGGCUGGUCUGCCCAAUGGUGUCUUAAACAUUGUUCAUGGCAAUAAUGACAUUCUCAAUGAAAUUUGUGAUGAUGAAGAUAUCAAGACCAUAUCAUUCGUUGGUUCAAACACAGCUGGCAUGCACAUAAUUGCGAGAGCAGCAGCUAGAGGGAAGCGAAUUCAGUCCAAUAUGGGAACCAAAAACUAUGCAGUUAUCAUGCCUGAUGCCAGCGUGGAUGCCACUUUGAAUGCUCUAGUUGCUGCUGGUUUUGGUGCUGCGGGACAAAGGUGUAUCACACUCAGCAUAGCUGUUUUUAUUGGAGGCUCAAAAAUAUGGGAGGCAGGACUGGUGGAACGUGCAAAUGCUCUUAAAGUAAAUGCAGGAACUGAACCUGGUGCAGAUCUUGGGCCAGUGAUUAGCAAACAGGCAAAGGAACACAUAUGCAGGUUAAUCCAGAGUGACAUUGAAAGUGGUGCCAGACUUGUUCUUGAUGGUAGAAAUAUUGUGGUUCAGAGAUAUGAGAAUGGAAACUUUGUCGGUCCAACCAUCUUAUGUGAUGUUACAAGUGAUAUGGAGUGUUACAAGGAGGAAAUGCUUGGACCAGUCCUACUUUGUAUGCAGGCUGACAGCCUAGAAGAGGCAAUAGACAUUGUUAACGGAGAGAGAUACUGUAAUGGAGCUUCUAUAUUUACCACAUCUUGUGCAGCCGCAAAGAAGUUUCGGGAUGAGAUUGAAACAGGCCAGGUUGGCAUAAACACACUCGUUCCUGUUUCAUUGCCCUUUUUCUCUUCCACUGGAUCCAAGGAGUCUGUCAUAAGUGAUUUAAAUUUCCAUGGCAAGGCAGGUUUGCAGUUCUACACUCAGAUCAAAAUGGUGAGACAACAAUGGGAAGAUCUAGUGAGACCAGGAUUACCGACAUGUCAGUGAAUGUUAAAAUCAAGAAGUCACUACCGUCUCUUGGGAGUAUAAGAAAAUGUGAAAACAGAAAAUAGACAAUACCAUUCUUUUCUAUCUGCAUGUGCGCGCAAGUGAGAGAGAGAUGCCCAUCUUUUUUUCUUUCAUUUUCUUUUUUUGGGUAACACAAGGGAGGGGGGUCAUUUCCAAAUGUUUUAUUUUUUUUUUCUAAAGAAGGUUUCAAUCGAGGGGGCCUCUGAGAGUGCAGACAUCUCCUAAAUUGUUGUAUAUGAAUGCACUUAUCACCCGUAAUCCGCCCAUUUGUUGGCCUAAAUUUUCUUCCUUCCAAUCAAUCAAUUGUGUUGAUUACUUGUACAGCGCUUCAUUGUUGUCUACUUGUAUUCUCAGCACGAAGCACAACAUAUAUUGGUUGUUUCUGUGCUAACUGCAGCUACUGAAGCUUACAUUUUUUAAAGCAUAAAAUGUCACAAUAUGGACCAUAUACCAUACCUGUCUGAUAGUUUAAACAAAAAGGUUGUUUUACCAUUGCUCUUUCUUCCCUUUUUGGGUUGAGUAAUAUAAAUUGGCAUUCAACUGUUA